AUGAGUGACGAUGAAUUAGAUGAAGUACCAUUCUCAAAGAGACCUGAUUGGGCAGAUGUUGUACCAAUCGAACAAGAUGAUGGACCAAACCCAAUCUGUCCAAUUGCUUAUAAAGAUGAUUUUAAAGAAAAGUUAAAUUAUUUCAGAGCAAUCAUUAAAUCAAAUGAAAAGAGUAGUAGAGCAUUAGAGUUGACCGAUUCAAUCAUUCAAGAUUGUCCAUCAAACUAUACAGUAUGGUACUAUAGAAGAGAGAUAUUAAAGGUGAUUGACUUUGAUCUACAAGAAGAGUUUGAUUACGUCGGUGCCAUGGGAGAAUCUGAUCCAAAGAACUAUCAGAUUUGGAAUCAUCGUCGUUGGUUGGUAGAGACUUACAAUGACAACUCUCGUGAAUUAGAGUUUAUUGCUGAACGUCUUCAAGAGGAUGGAAAGAACUAUCAUGCAUGGGGACAACGUCAAUGGGUUCUAACACACUUUAAACUAUCUUUAACCGAUGAAUUGGCAUUUGUAGACAAGAUGCUAAAGACUGAUCAUCGUAACAACUCUGCUUGGAAUCAAAGAUACUUUGUCAUUGCUCAACAAUAUCUCUCCUCCACUCCCUCUGCCACUUCAUUACCACAAGAUGUUAUUAAAAAAGAGGUUGAUUAUGCUGUCAGCUUUAUUAAAUAUAGUCCAAAUAAUGAAAGUCCUUGGAGUUAUUUAAGAGGAUUAUAUAAUGGAACAUCAUUAAAUGAUGAAGAUUUGAUAAAAUUAUUGGUAGAGAUGAAGGGCAAGUACAUUGGAUGUGCUCAUGUCCUUUCAUUGUUGAUUGACAUUUACGUUGAACAAAACAAACCCGAGUCAUUGACAGAGGCUGUAAAGAUUUGUACCUCCCUCAUGAACAACAUUGACCAGAUUCACCGUAAUUAUUGGCAAUAUAGAUUAUCAUCUUUAGAAUCUAAAUUGAAUUCUCUCAAACAACAAUAA